UACACAUUUUCGUAUUAUUUUCGGACGCAGCUUUCCCGCCAUCACUUAUCCUAAUUCUAUCAGACGCGAGCAUGACGGUCAACGUAGGUGACACGGUGUUGGCAUACCAUGGGCUAAUGAUCUACGACGCCAAAGUGCAGAAAGUGGACAACGGUCAGGGUGUGCUGGAGACGACAGGCGCAGGGGGUCGCCCCACCGACAGUACGCAAUACUACCUGCACUACCAGGGUUGGGCCAAGAAGUGGGACGAAUGGGUGCGUCACGGCCGCGUGCUGGAGGACACGCCGACCAACCGCGCACUGCAGAAGAAAGCCAAGGAGGAUGUCGCAAAGGCAAAGAAGGAGAAACGUCUGUCUAAGAAGAAGAAAAUAAGCUCAGCCGGCGUAGACGCCCCCAGCUCUCGCAAGUCCCCGUUUAAACGCUUAAAACGCAGCACAGAGGGCGAAUACGAGGAGUUCCCGGGGCCCAAUGACGCCUCUGCGGACGACGGGACGUCCGCCAAACAGAUCAACAUCCAAAUGCCCUUUUCACUCAAGAAACAGCUCGUGGAGGACUGGAAGAACGUGACUCAUGCGCCGCACAAGCUCGUGCCGCUACCUAGGAAGCCCAAUGUGAGUCAGAUUAUCCAGACGUACCUCGAAUUUAAGAAGAGCAAAGUGCGCACAGGAGAAGCCAGCGAGGAGAAGGAGUACAAGAACAUCGAAGGCAUUAUGCAGGGCGUGCAGUCGUACUUUGAUCGAGCUUUGAGCUCCAUCUUGCUCUACCGCAUGGAGCGUCGUCAGUACCAGGAGCUGCGACAGAAACAGAGCGAGGAAGUGCCGCUCUCGCAGAUUUACGGCGCUGAACACCUAAUUCGGCUCUUCGUGAGAUUACCUGUUUUGCUGGCGAGCUCCAACAUCUCUCCGCGAGAGCUGAACCAGAUCCAGGCGCGUCUUAACGAUUUCCUCAAAUUCAUCCAGAAGAACUCGGCUGCGUGGCUCGUCACGGAGUACGAGGCCGCUUCGGACAAGUAUGUGGAGCAAGCUACUGCUGCAUCUUCCUAAAAAGAGCUCCAUGAAGCUAUUUUCAUUUUUACUCGAAUCUGAAUU